AUGUCGUUUCGAUACCACAAAAGCCCUAGCGUCGUCACCCUCUUUCACGACCCCUCCUCCUCGGCCUCGAAACAAGUGCUUCAACUCCUAACAGCGUACAACGCCGCGCAAACCAACCCGCAUCGACCCACGCCCUCGUCAGCGUCGAAUGGAGAAUCGUGCAUUGUCGAAGCGAACGGUGGUGGAGCGGAUGUCAACGCCUACCUCCGCGCUGCAGCCUCGGACCCACCCCGAUCGCCCCUGAUUCAGCUCGAAAUCGUCGAUCGCAAAACCAACCCCCCAACACCGGAUCAGAUGCGCAGCAUCGUCGACUACCUCGUCUCCGAUCCCUCCCCAACCUCACCCCUGGGAGAGGAAAAGGCGAGGUAUACAGCAAGCGGAUUCGAUCUGAGAGAGCACGAAAGGAGGAAAUUGGCAUUGAAGAAACAUCUAGCUGACGAAAAAGGUGGCGGAAUGCCCAAGAUCAAAGAUGGCCCCCUGGUCGUUAAUUGGGACGAAGGGGUCGCUGCCACGGAUGUGGAGGGGGUUAAGGAGAUGUUGGAGCGGCUGAAGAGGGAGGCGGAGGAGGAGAAGGGGAGGGAGAAGGAUGGUGGUGGAUGUGUGGUUUGUUGA